AUGGUAAACAAAGACAUGAAUGGAUUCCCGGUCAAGAAAUGCUCAGCCUUCCAGUUUUUUAAGAAGCGGGUACGAAGAUGGAUCAAAAGUCCAAUGGUCAGUGUGGACAAGCAUCAGAGUCCCAGCCUGAAGUACACAGGCCCCUCCGUGGUGCACACCCCCCACGGGGAGCCCGACUUUGAGCCUUCCUUGUGUCAGAUGUGCCUAGGAGACCAUACUUUGCAAAGAGGGGUCCUCCCUCAGGAGAAGGAGUCAUGUUCAUGGGAUACUCAACCCAGGUGUGAAGUAAAAGAGCCAUGUACUCACGCCAACAUCCUGACCAAGCCUGAUCCAAGAACCUUCUGGACUAACGAUGACUCAGCUUUCAUGAAACAGAGGAGGAUGGGCCUCAACGACUUCAUUCAGAAGAUUGCCAAUAACUCCUAUGCAUGCAAACACCCUGAAGUUCAGUCCAUUUUGAAAAUCUCCCAACCUCAGGAGCCUGAGCUUAUGAAUGCCAACCCUUCUCCUCCACCGAGUCCUUCUCAGCAAAUCAACCUUGGUCCAUCAUCCAAUCCUCAUGCUAAACCAUCUGACUUCCACUUCCUGAAAGUGAUUGGAAAGGGCAGUUUUGGAAAGGUUCUUCUGGCGAGACACAAAGCAGAAGAAGCAUUCUAUGCAGUCAAAGUUUUACAGAAGAAAGCGAUCCUGAAAAAGAAGGAGGAGAAGCAUAUUAUGUCGGAGCGGAAUGUCCUACUGAAGAAUGUGAAGCACCCUUUCCUGGUGGGCCUUCACUUCUCGUUCCAGACUGCUGACAAACUGUACUUCGUCCUCGACUACAUCAAUGGUGGAGAGUUGUUCUACCAUCUCCAGAGGGAGCGCUGCUUCCUGGAACCGCGGGCCCGUUUCUAUGCUGCUGAAAUAGCCAGUGCCUUGGGCUACCUGCACUCGAUGAACAUCGUUUAUAGAGACUUAAAGCCAGAGAAUAUUCUGCUGGAUUCCCAGGGGCACAUUGUCCUUACUGACUUUGGGCUCUGCAAAGAGAACAUCGAACACAACGGCACGACAUCCACCUUCUGUGGCACACCUGAGUAUCUCGCACCCGAGGUGCUCCAUAAGCAGCCAUACGACAGGACUGUGGACUGGUGGUGCCUGGGGGCCGUCUUAUAUGAGAUGCUCUAUGGCCUGCCUCCUUUUUACAGCCGAAACACAGCUGAGAUGUAUGACAACAUUCUGAACAAGCCCCUCCAGUUGAAGCCAAAUAUCACAAACUCUGCAAGACACCUGCUGGAGGGCCUCCUGCAGAAGGACCGGACAAAGCGGCUGGGCGCCAAGGACGACUUUAUGGAGAUUAAGAACCAUGUCUUCUUCUCUGUAAUUAACUGGGAUGAUCUCAUUAAUAAGAAGGUCACUCCUCCUUUUAACCCAAAUGUGAGCGGACCCAGCGACCUGCGGCACUUCGACCCCGAGUUCACCGAAGAGCCCGUCCCCAACUCCAUCGGCCGGUCCCCCGACAGCAUCCUCCUCACCGCCAGCGUCAAGGAGGCCGCUGAGGCCUUCCUAGGCUUCUCCUAUGCACCUCCUGUCGACUCCUUCCUCUGA